UCUUAAUAAAGAGACUAUAUUUUAACAGUUUACUAUAAAAGUUUACGUUCAACUUACACCAUACUAAAACAUUUUAUAAAAUCCUAGCCUGAUAACCCUAUAUGAAUCAUACUAAAAAAGUUAUUUAAAUUUUUUAUUAAUGUAGAGUAUAAUUUAAUAAUGAAUCACAUGUAUUGGAAUUCCAAAUUUUCUGGUAUAAAACAUUAAUGAACAUUUAAUUUAAAGUUACAAAAAAACUUUUAAUUGGACUUCCUAAUUUCAAAAACAGUUUUGGGAAGAUAAAUUUCUUUUGUAUCGCUUUCCAAAAAGUUCCCCUCGUACUAGUAUUUAUCAACCUAUAAGGAGAGGAGACGAAGCAAUCCGUAUCCUCUUGUCUUCAGCAUUUGACGCCUUUAAAAGCCAUGGCUGAAGUGUUUGGUGAUUUCAUCUUUUGCGUCUCUUAGGGGUAAAUACUUUGUCAUUCUGACCGUUCUACUCUUUUAAUUCCUUAACACUGUAUGAUUUGUCAAAAAUGGUUACUCGUACGGAAAGAAAACUGUUAUCAAUUUAUCAUGCGUAAUCUUUGUGUUUGUUUUUUUUUGUUUGAUUGUCCUAGUAACAGAUUUGAGUGUUUAGGAGUCAUCAUCAAGAACAAUGGGGAAUGAAACUGAUAAGAAGUUCACUUGGGUUAUUAAGAAUUUCUCCUCUUGGCGAUCCAAGUGUGUUCGGUCUCGUACAUUCGUGCUCAGUCAAUGCCAAUGGAGUCUUGGCGCGUUUCCGAGAGGAGUUGACAAUGCUAGUUGUUUUUUAUCUCUGUAUUUGGUUGUUUCUAAUCCUGUAUCUUUGCCUUCUGGAUGGAGACGGCACGCUAAAUUCUCCUUUACUCUUGUAAAUCAAUUUCCUGGAGAAGUCUCUCAACUGCGAGAAAUUCAAUACUGGUUUGAUCAGAAGGACAUCAUGCAGGGUUUUCAGUCGAUGAUUUGUCUUUCCGACCUUAAUGCUAGAGAUAGCGGGUUUCUUGUGAACGAUGAACUCAAGAUUGUUGCAGAGAUUGAUGUUCUUGAAGUUGUAGGUGAACUAGAUGUACCAGUGGUAACUACAGACAUCGUGGAUAUCAAUGGGUUUCAAGUCCUUUCUUCACAAGUAGAAUCUGUAAACAGUUUAUUUGAAAAGCAUCCAAACAUUGCAUCAAAUGUCCGUGCAAAGAAUCCACAUCUGAGAACAACAUACUUGAAUGUCAUACUAGGCCUGACUAAGAUUCUAUGCAAGUCAUCUGAGGAACUCUCCAACAGUGAUCUGGAUGAAGCAUAUUCUGCACUGAGAUUUGUGAUAACUGUAGGAUUUAAGUUGGACUGGUUAGAGAAGGCACUGAAAGAAGCUUGUGAGAUUCGGAUUCAAGAAAUUGAUGAAAAGUUGAAUGACUUGACUGAAAAGCGAGCAGACAUGGAUGCUCUGCUGAACAGCCUAAAAUGAUGUUUUUUUUUUUGAAAAAAGGUUUAGCCUAAAAUGAUGUUUAGAGUUUAAAAUCUAUUUGGUGUUCUGGUCUGUUUGGUUUCUGUUUUCGUUUUCUAAAAUUUAAUGUUCUUGAACUAGGGGGUGAAGAGAGUUGUUUUGUUAUCAAUAUGCUAAAUGUUUCUUUUCUUUUAACUUUUGUUUCUUGACGGAAUGGGAAAUCAGGAAUGCAAACAUGCUAAGUUAAUGAUGGACUUAACUUUAGCAAUUCGCUCACAACAGUGAAAAGUUAAGGUUAAUGACUUCGAUUUGUAGCUUAACGCGUUUGAUUUUUGUUUUACAAACAAGGGAGGUAACCUGACAGAGGCGAAUAGGGCCAUAACCCACAUGUCCCAAGAACGAAACCAUUCUCCUCCUCAGCCAUUCAUGUUUUCUAAAUAACAGCCAUCUUCUAGCAUCCCAUCUAGCGUACCAUAUGAAGCUUUUUAGAUGGAUGCUGUUGUUCGGGAAACAUGUAUGGCCGAAGAACAAAAACUCUUCAAAACAGUUCAGCCUAAGUCUGGAGAUUUCAGAGUCACAUAAGAAGCUAUGGGAUCAGUAAGGUGUUCAGUGCUAUAGUUGUGAACAGCUCAGAACAUUUGACACCAAAUCCUCUAUUGCGUAUAAAACCUUUGUCUGACUUUUGACUUCAAGUUCCAACUUAAUAGCUAUGAAAAUAAUGCAGACUAUUUCUUAUUGUUAAAGCGUAACUGAGGAAAAACCUAGAGCAUAUCAUGGAUGAAUUCUUAUACUAAGUACGGACUGACAUGAAAAUCACGAAAAACAACAAUUUAAUCAACAUUUAAACAUUCCACUGAUGUCAAACCAAAUUUGAAAAACGAAGAACAUGAAAUACUUUUAACUAAAUUCUGAAGAUUUCAUCAAGAAAUCAAUCCACUUUGAAGAAACCAAACGGGGUAACCAGAUCACAGAGGAUUACAUGUAAAAACCGAUAAAAUAAUUGAUAAAUCCCUCAGAUUUUUAUUAUUCGUCAAUAUAUAAUCAGUCACUACUUUUAACAUUUUUUUUAUUAUUCAUCAUCAUUGGGAUUUAACAAAAGGCCACCACGAAAAUUCUAUACUUAGAUCAAACAAACAAAAUCUCACUGAACUAAUAUGAAUCAGAACAGAUUAACAAGUAACACAAGAACGUUUUAGCAAAAAAAGAAAGAAAAGUAAUACAAGUUCAAAACAGAGAAGCAGUUAAAAGUCCCUCAGAGCUGCAAUGUCAACAAAGAGAAACCUAAGGAAUGAAUCGAAUGAUAAGCAUCCAAAAGACAUGGUUUCAAUUUGAUGAUAGAACAAACCCGAUUUAUGAGAUGGCUUGGAAAACAAUGGUUUUGAUAUCGAUUUGAUACUAUCAAAUAGAAUAACAGAAUGAGAAUAAAAUAUAUGAAUAAUUUCAGCUUCUUUGAUUUUAAAGAGAAAGACAUUUACAAACAAAGUGAUGAGCUGCGCUUAAGUAACAAAUUAGGAACUAGGGUUUUAAGGAUUCGGUCGUAAUUGCUCUAGAAGUGUACUUUGUUAUGUAAUUAUAGGGGUCAUGUGAUUUUGAAACAUUGAAGCUUAGGGUUAAGGCUCAAUGUGUUUAAUACCCCAUAUCGUGGUUUAAAGUGAUUUACUGUUUGCUAUUGUUUAUGAAUUAUUAUUAUGCAUUAAAAUCUGGUAAUAUAUCAUUCCUACCAAACUAGGGACCGUGACCGGGGAAU